AUGGCGGUGGAGAGUACUAUUUGGCUGUUCUGUCUUCUUUCGCUGUUCUGUGGUCCAUCCAAGCAAGAAAAGCCUGUUUCGGUGGAGCUGAGCUGUGGUGCUGGGCCCAGCCAUGUAGUGUUGGAGCCGGGUUUGCCCCUCUUGCUGGACUGCAACCUGGGGGCCAGCGACGCACCUUUCAAUGUCACCUGGCAAAAGGAUGGCCAGCCGCUGCCUCUGGAGGGGGGCGACUACCUGCAGUAUUUGGUCAACGGGUCCCUCCUGCUGCUGCCCACCUCUGAGGAAGGCCAGCCUGCCCUGGGCGUGGAGGGCGGAUACAGCUGUGUGAGUGCCAGCGCCCUCGGAGCACUGACCAGCCGGACUGUAAAUGUGCUCCUAGCAAGUCUGUCUAAGUUCCAUCAGGAGCCAUCACCCCAAACUGUGCCCACCGGGGGAGUUGCCCGCUUUGAGUGUCAGAUUGAUGGAGUACCCACACCUGUUAUUACCUGGGAAAGGGACAAAGAGGCUGUGCCUGAGGAGACAAGGUUCAUUUCCCUUCCUAACGGGGUGCUCCAGAUUCUGGAGGUGACCAAGGAGGAUGAGGGCGUCUACCGCUGUGUCGCGUCCAAUUCUGCCAGAAAGGACAUCAGUCAUGAAGCCAGGCUCACUGUCUCCACAGGCUCCGCUGAAGCCCUGAACACAGUUGUGAUCGUAGCGCCACCUCAGAAUGCCACAGUUGUGCUCGGCCAUCCCGCCGUGAUGGAGUGCAUGGCACAAGGCCAGCCAAAACCACUGGUAUCCUGGAGCAGACAAGACGGAAAGCCCAUUUCCACUGAUGUGGUUGUCCUCGCAACAAACCUGGUGAUUAGGGACACGAGGCGUCACCACGCCGGCGUCUACGUCUGCCGGGCCAACAAGCCCAAGACCAGAGAGUUUGUCAUUGCUGCCGCGGAGCUGCAUGUGCCUGCCCCUCCAGUGAUUCUUCAGCCCCCAGAGACGGUGUCGCUCUCUCGGGGAAACACAGCUCGGUUUCUGUGCAACAGCUCUGGGGAGCCUCCUCCAGUGUUGCACUGGCUGAAGAAUGGCCAGCCGAUCAAGUCAUACAGACGAGUGAAGACCCAAAACCCUGGAGUCCUGCUCAUCAACCAGCUGGCUCUGGAGGAUGCGGGCUACUACCAGUGCAUAGCAGACAAUGGACUUGGCACGGCCUGUGCCACUGCCAAGCUGACGGUCAUUGUGAGGGAGGGUCUGCCCAGCCCUCCUCGCCACCUGUCUGCUACACCGUACUCCAGCACAACUGCCCUGCUCACGUGGGAGAAACCUGAGUACAACUCGGACCAAAUCAUCGGCUACUCUGUGCACUGCCAACGCGCUGCAGGCUCCGAUAAUGUGGAGUAUCAAUUUGCGAUGAACAAUGACACCACAGAGUAUCUCGUCAAAGAGCUUCUCCCUCAUACUGCCUACACGUUCUUUGUGGUGGCUUACUCUCCCAUGGGUGCCAGCCGCCCAUCCCUGCCUGUUACUGUAGAGAUGCUGGAGGAUGUGCCGAGUGCACCUCCUCAGCUGUCUAUAGCCAGCACUUCCCCCACAGACAUCAGGCUGAUGUGGCAUCCACUAUCCUCACAGCACAGCCGAGGAGCUGUUACCCGCUAUCGCAUUGAGUACAGCACUUUGGAUCAGAUGGGUGCUGUGUUCUCAGUGGAGGUGGGGGGAAAUGAGACGCAGUUUACGCUGAGAGAGCUGCAGCCCAACCAGGCUUACCGACUGAGGAUAGCAGCUGGAACUGGCAUUGGCUUUGGGGUUCCUUCUGAGUGGGCCCAGCACCAAACAUUAGCCCACUACAACCACAGUGACCACAGCAUGGUGAUCUUUGCUCCUACUGAGCUGAAAGUCAGAGCCAGAGUGAGCACACUCAAUGUGACAUGGCAUCCCUCACCCAAUCACACGCUGGUCUCUGGUUACAAGCUGUCCUGUCGAGAGGUGGAGGUUGACGAAUCUGCCAACGGGGAAAGGACAACACAGACCCACACCAUCAGGCUACGUAAGAAGGCAAGGUAUCAUCUACUCACUGGCCUGGUCCCUGACCGGCAGUAUGAGGUGAAGGUUUGGGCAUUCAAUAAGCAGAUAGAUGGAGCAGCUGCAGUGUGGAAGGGAAGGACAGACAAGGCCCAUAACAGAACUUUGCUGCUGCCCUUACGCCCGCCUCCGUUGCCGCCAAGCAGCAUCCAAGCCACGGCCAACAGCUCCACGUCCAUCUGGCUGCGCUGGGAGAAACCGCGGUUCAGCAACGUACGCAUCAUCAACUACACGGUGCGCUGCAGCCCGGCAGGAACCACCAACGCAUCGCUGGUCUCCUAUCACACCAGUUCUGCGCAGGAGAUUCUGCUCGGGGCACUGAGGCCCUUCACCCGCUAUGAGCUGGCAGUGCAGUCUAAUGGAGUGGACGUGGUAGGACCCUUCAGUGGCACUGUGGAGGAGUCCACUCUGUCUGACCGGCCCUCCACACCUCCGGAGGAGCUGCAGCUGAGUGCUCUGGACUCCUCCUCUGUGCUGGUUAGCUGGCGCCCUCCGCUGGAGCCUAAUGGUAUCAUCAUCGGUUACAGGAUUUUGUACAGCGGCAGCCUCAGCGAGCCGGAGCACUUCUGGAAAAACCUCUCUCAGGAUGGGAGCAUCACCAGUGUGGAGGUCCAGGGUUUGUCCAGUGGCACUCGUUACUUUUUUAAGCUGGGAGCGUCUACUGAGGUGGGGCCAGGGCCUUAUUCCCCCAUAAAGGACGUCCACACGCCUCUUCAGCAAUAUGAGCUGGAUAUCCAUGCAGUGACAGGCAUCAUAGUCGGUGUGUGUCUGGGACUGAUAUGCAUCCUCCUCUGCAUGUGUUUCAGCUUUCGUAACAGCAAAUCCAGGGAGAUAUCGAGAGGCCUGGACUCCACAGCUAUGACGCCUCAGUACAGGAGAGGAGGCUGCCCUGUUCCCACCACCGUGCCAGAGUGCAGCGAUAGUCAUGAGUUGGAGACAUUAAUGCCCCUCGGCAGCCAAGAGUCUGGUCAGCCGCCAGCAGAGGCCCCAGAGGAACAGAGUCUGAUGGCUGCUUGGAACGGCUCUGUGAGCCAUAACUGGGCCAACAGAAUCACUAGAUACAGAGACACCAUAACAGAAGACUCUCCAGCACUCAUCAAUGGAGCUCUCAACAUGCUAAUUACAGAUAACGGCACGGGCUUAGAAGAUCGCCUGUGUACAUCCCUGUGCAGUAACCAGGUCGAGGCAGAAGUCAUUGUUCACUCUGAGCUGUCAGAUCCUGGGAGGGAGAAAGAGGAGGAGUGCAGUGAGCGGGACAAGGAGUCCAACACCACCAGGGGACCCUCAUUAUCAGAGGACAGAUAUUCCCCUCCUCUCCUGGCAAGUCCGCCAGCAGAGGAGGAACCUCUAGAAAAACUAUCACAGGCCCAAAGCCCCUCGAGUCUUCCCUCAAUAAAGCUGAUGGCUAAUCACAACGGGGAGAUAGAAGGUAUAGGACACCAGCCGCCUGCAGACACAGAGCCACAGCAGGACAUGGGGCUGACCAAUGGCUUCCACUCGCCUAAGACUGUGAGGUCUGUGCUGAGGUCAGAGCAUCUGGAAAACGGGGACUCCAGACACUGCCCUUCAGCACCGGGGAAGGCCAUCUCUGCUGGACGGUCCCCUGCCCCCUUUGUCAGCUCCGGCCUUGUCCACUCUACCUCAGCAGCACACAGUUAUCUGUGCCCAUAGCCUCUGCAUGUAGGGCAUCAGCCACGCAUAGACUGACUUUCUUUUAUGUGCCCAGGAAGAAUCCCUACGGAUUAUUUUAUGCACCUCAUUAUUGGAUUUCUUUCUCUUCUUUGCAAAGUUUUAUAGGUACUUUGAAUCCAUUGUUUCAUACGUGUGUAUAUACGGUAUACAUAUACAGUAUAUUUUUAGUGGUAGAGUACUGUAUAUGGGUAUGCAUUCUCUAGCAUUGCAACCAUACUUUCCUCUGGGUAACUUUCCUGUCCAUAGGAAAGAAAAAGAAAAAAAAAUUAACUUAACCAAGCAGAUGGAAGUGGAUUGGAGGAGGCUAUUCCCACUGUGUCGCACAUGGCUCUGCUCCACUCAGGAAUGAGAAAAAGCCAGGAACGUUCCCUGAGUGAGUGAGCACUUCAACAGGCUAUCAUCGUCGAUGGGAGGAUUGGAAGCGGAGGGUCUCCCCGGGCUUCGUUGUGUGGAUGCUACUUUGCAGUGGCACUGAGGAAUAAGCCUUAAAGAGUAUCUGCACACUCUGAGAGUGCAGACCACCUGUGUUUCUCUCCAGCCUCCUGCUGUCUCAGGGUCCACACGCACACACAGACACACACUGA